AAGUGGUAGUGGAACGUCUCUUUAAGAGUGGGUUUUGACAUCCACCUUCGGAGACCGAUAUCGGCCAGUACAGUACAUGAGGGUUUUAGCAACAGUAUUAAAGUAAUUUUCCGUGUUUGCACUCGUAAUUUAAAAAUGAAAGUGCUUGUAGCAUUGUUUUUAUUUAGCGCUAUCUCUUACUCUUCUGCUAUUAAUGUUACUCAAUGCCAUGAUAUUGAAAAACCCAUCGAAGGGCUUGAAAACCGGGUCAAAUUAGGUAACUGUAAGAAACCACCUUGCAGAUUAAGAAAAAAUUCAGUCGUUAAAAUAGAACUCAAUGUCAAGCCAGAAAGAGAUAUUGAAAAAAUAUUAAAUUCAAUUCACGCGUAUAUCGCUGGCGUCCCUUUUCCUUUUCCCGGAGUCGAUGGAACUGAUGCUUGUAAAAAUAUUUACUCGGCUGAUGGCCUGAAUCAAGUAGGAUGUCCACUCAAAAAAGGACAAGACUAUCUUUACAGAAACAAUAUUGAAGUGCUGCAGAUUUAUCCACGAGUUAAAGCCGUCAUCCAUUGGGGAUUAACACCGACCGAUGGCAAAGAUGACGUUAUUUGUUUCGAAAUCCCAGCCAGGAUUACUAAUUAGUUUUAAACAGUAAAUUAGUAAAAACAGUAAAAAGCACUAAAACAUUAUAAAUAAAUAAUUAUUAUAA